AUGGCGGCGGCUUGUAGACGCGCUCAGGUUCUCCUGCAGUUCAUCCUGUUCCAGUGCUUCUGCGUGGUUCUGGCGCACGGGUUAAAACUUGGAGCUAAUGGUAACCUCCAUCCUCCGGUGGUGGUGGUUCCUGUGAACCGGCAGCUGAAGCUUGGAGCGCCGAAUUCGGUGAAUAUCGGAGGCGCGGCGGCGGCGGUCUCGCAGGCGAGGAGGGCGGCCGGCUGGAGGCUGGCAGAAGAGGAGGCCUGCGGAGACGACGUGAGCCGCCUGUGUCCUAAACACACCUGGAGCAACAACCUGGCUGUGCUGGAAUGCUUACAGGACAGGAAGGAGGAAACUGAGAUCGCUUCUGACUGCAACCAUUUGCUGUGGAACUAUAAACUGAAUUUGACGACCGAUCCCAAGUUCGAGUCCGUAGCAGUCGAAGUGUGUAAAAGUACCAUACCAGAGAUUAAAGAAUGUGCAGCUGAAGAGAGAGGUAAAGGCUAUCUAGUGUCCUGCCUGGUGGAUCACCGUGGCAACAUCACGGAGUACCAGUGCAAUCAGUACAUCACGAAGAUGACCAGCAUCAUCUUCAGUGACUACCGGCUCAUAUGCGGGUUCAUGGACAAGUGUCGAGAGGACAUCAACGCCCUUCACUGUGGAAGCAUCAACACUGGGGAGAAAGACCUGCAUUCUCAAGGCGAGGUGAUUGAAUGUCUGGAGAAAGCUUUAGUACAAGAAGCAGAGCAGCAAGACAAGGUUCACCAAAUCCGAGACGACUGCAAGAAGUCCAUCAUGCGAGUGGCCGAGCUCUCGUCCGACGACUUCCAUCUGGACCGCUACCUCUACUUUUCCUGUCGGGAUGAUCGAGAGCGAUUCUGUGAAAAUACCCAAGUUGGAGAAGGCAGGGUUUACAAAUGUCUGUUCAACCACAAAUUUGAGGAAGCCAUGUCUGAAAAGUGCAGAGACGCCCUGACCACUAGGCAGAAGCUGAUCGCGCAGGACUAUAAGGUCAGUUACUCUCUGGCGAAAGCGUGCAAGGCUGACCUCCGCAAAUAUCGCUGUAGCCUGGACGCCAACAUGCCCCGAGCCCGAGAGGCGAGACUGUCGUACUUGCUCCUCUGCCUGGAGUCUGCAGUGCACAGAGGACGCACGGUGAGCGGAGACUGUCAGGGCGAGAUGCUGGACUACAGACACAUGCUGAUGGAGGAUUUCUCGCUGAGCCCGGAGAUCGUGCUGCACUGCCGAGGCGAGAUCGAGGCUCACUGCUCCGGUCUGCACCGUAAGGGAAGAACCCUGCACUGUCUCAUGAGGGUGGGCCGAGGAGACAAAGGGCCGAUGGACAGCCAGUGCCAGAACGCACUCCAGGCACUCAUCCAAUCUGCUGACCCUGGUGCUGAUUACCGCAUUGACCGGGCUCUCAAUGAAGCGUGCGAGUCUGUAAUACAGACAGCUUGCAAACACAUCCGCAACGGAGAUCCCAUGAUCCUCUCAUGUCUAAUGGAGCAUCUCUACACAGAAAAGAUGGUAGAGGACUGCGAGCACAGGCUGCUGGAGCUACAGUACUUUAUCUCCAGAGACUGGAAGCUCGACCCUAUUUUGUAUCGUAAGUGCCAGAACGAUGCGUCCCGGCUCUGUCACACACACGGCUGGAACGAGACGAGCGAGAUGAUGCCCCCAGGCGCGGUGUUUUCCUGCCUCUAUCGUCAUGCGUACCGAACAGAAGAGCAAGGCAGACGGCUCACAAGGGAGUGUAAAGUGGAAGUCCAGAGGAUUUUGCAUCAGAGGGCUUUGGAUGUGAAGCUGGACCCAGAACUCCAGAAACGCUGCAUGACUGACCUGGGAAAGUGGUGCAGCGAGAAGACUGAUACUGGUCAGGAACUGGAGUGUCUACAAGAACAUCUAGAGGAUCUGAUGACCGACUGCAGGGAUGUGGUGGGAAACCUGACCGAGCUCGAGUCCGAGGACAUCCAGAUUGAAGCGUUGCUGAUCCGAGCGUGCGAGCCAGUCAUCCAGACCCACUGCCACGAUGUGGCUGAUAAUCAGCUAGACACGGGGGAUCUGAUGGACUGCCUGGUCCAGAACAAACAUCAGAAGGAGAUGAAUGAUAAGUGUGCUGUUGGAGUGACGCACUUCCAGCUGAUUCAGAUGAAGGACUUUCGUUUCUCCUACAAGUUCAAGAUGGCCUGCAAGGAGGACGUGCUCAAACUGUGUCCUAACAUUAAAAAGAAAGGCGACGUCGUGUUCUGUUUGAGCACCACCGUGAGGAAUGACACUCUCCAGGAUGUGAAGGAGCAGCGCGUGUCCCUGAAGUGUCGCAAACAGCUGAGGGUGGAAGAGCUGGAAAUGUCGGAGGACAUUCGUCUAGAGCCUGAGCUGCACAGCGCGUGUAAGAAGGAUAUCGAGAGGUUUUGCUCCGCCGUGUCAUUUGGCAACGCUCAGGUCACCGAGUGUUUGAAGGAGAAUAAACAGCAGCUGUCUCACACGUGCCAUCAGAAGGUGUUUAAGCUGCAGGAGCUGGAGAUGAUGGACCCUGAGCUGGACUACCAGCUGAUGAGAGUCUGCAAACAGAUGAUUAAGCGUUUUUGUACGGAGUCUGAUGCCAAGAACAUGCUGCAGUGCCUGAAACAGAACAAGAACAGCGAGCUAAUGGACCCCAAAUGUAAGCAGAUGAUCACCAAGAGGCAGAUUACUCAGAGCACAGACUACAGGCUUAAUCCUGUGCUACGGAAGGCCUGCAAAGCAGAUAUUCCCAAAUUCUGUCAGAACAUCCUGAACAAGGCCACCGACGACGGUGAACUGGAGGGCCAGGUCAUUUCCUGUCUCAAGCUCAAGUAUGCCGACCAGCGUUUGUCUUCAGACUGCGAGGACCAGAUCAGGGUGAUCCUGCAGGAGUCGGCCCUUGACUACAGACUGGAUCCUCAGCUUCAGCUUCACUGCAGUAAGGAGAUUACCGAGUUGUGUGCAGAGGAAGCCGCAGCACAAGAACAAACAGGCCAAGUGGAGGAAUGUCUAAAGACCAACCUGCUGAAGCUGAAACAUGACGCGUGCAAAAAGGAGGUUUUAAACAUGCUCAAGGAGAGCAAAGCAGACAUUUUCGUGGAUCCAGUCUUGCACACAGCCUGUGCCUUGGACCUGAAGCACCAGUGCGCGGCGAUAACCCCUGGCCGAGGCCGACAGAUGACUUGUUUGAUGGAGGCUCUCCAGGACAAGCGGGUGAGACUGCAACCCGAGUGUAAGAAGAGACUGCAAGACCGGAUCGAUAUGUGGGGCUACGCAGCCAAGGUGGCCCCAGCUGAAGGCUUUGCAGACCUGGCCUUCCAAGUGAUGAUGUCACCUUCCAAGAAUUAUAUACUGUUGGUGAUUGUGCUGGCCGUGUGCGUCCUCUUCCUGGUGGGCUUGCUGUGUGGACGCAUCACUAAACGCGUGACCAGGGAACUGAAGGAUAGGUAGAGCCUGGAUCGUCAACUCGUACAUCUCAGACUCGUUCUUAAAGAAAAAAAAAAACAGAAAAGAAGAACGCCUAGACCAUUUUUACCACAUAUCCAUCGUUCUAAUCCUGACCCGAGUGUCCUGCUUUACCAUCCCUGACUCAGGACGCUGUAAGUAAACUCAUGAUGGGUUGUUCUGCUCCAUGCUGCCCCCUGCUGUGAAAGUCCCAGAAUACACACAUCAAAAGUCAACAGAUUCGAGCAUUCUGGGACGCUCAUCUGUGCUGUCCUUUUUUUUUUUCUUUUUUUUUUUUCCUUCUAAUUUUGAUUGUUUUAUUGAAUGCUUGAUUGACUCACUGUGUUAACCACAUGCCAUGUUGGUGACAGAUUUUACAAACUACUUUCUUUACUCCAACAAUACAUUUUUUUCCUAGGAUUUAGGGUGGCAGGUUUUUUUUUUUUUAAAAAGCACUCUGAAGCAUUGUACAUAUGCAGGUUUUCCACUCGGACGUACAGUCAUACAGCUUCACUUUAAAAAAAAAAAAAAAAAAAAAAAAAAAAAAAUUCGUAUAAAUAUGGGGUUCUGUUGUCCCAAAUCACUGGAUCUGAACGUGUUAGGAUUAUUUGAAAUAUUUCGCGUGAAAAUCUGGACCGAAGAUGAAACGUACAUUUUGUAACUGUCAGAGUUAUGCGUUAUAAUUACAAAUAAUUGAAGAAACCGGUAGCACUAAAUCUGGUACGUAUUUACUCCUAUUUUUAAUUUUUUUGUUCCCCCCCCCUCCCUCUCCUCUCCAUCCAGUCUACAUUUUCACACUUGGCACCUCGUGAACAGACGUCAGGCUCUGAGAGGAAAUGGUUUCAAAACAUCCCUUCCUGCAUUUUUUUUUUAUUUAUUUAGUUGUUCGCAAGGAUCUUGUUGGUUUAUGGUUAAACUUGUUUUUUUUGUUUUGUUUUGUUUUCUGGUGGUCACCUUAGUCUAACAGGGAUUUGACGUGUAGGUGAGGGGAAUUGAGAUUAAUUUCUCUAAUCUCCAAGUGAUUGCUCAUUUGAACAACUUACUACCUAUUCAGAGUUUAAUAAAGCCUACAGGUGUGUGUAUUGUUUAGUCCUCUUUUACAGACAUCUUUACAUAUUAAAAACCAAACAAAACAAAAAAAAAACCGCCAAGAGUCCUUUGGACCAAUGUUAUUAAAAAUAAGUCAUGUAUGAGAAGAGUACAAAAUUCAAAGUGGCUUUGAAUGUUGAUUGAAUUCAGUACUCGAUGACUCGGCUUUUUAACUCCUUUUGAAUUCUGGAUUUCUUUUAACGAACCGUACGUUCACUUGUCGUCGUCGUCGUCGUCUUGUUUAACGCUCAAGAUACUCCUUCGCACGUUCUUUCGCAAAGCUUUUCAUUACAAAUGAUCUCCUCAGUAACGACCUGAGUGAAAAAGUAGAAACUUAGUCGGAAAUUCAUGUAAAUAUUUCUUUCUUAGAAUUUGCUUUAAUGACUUGAGCUGGCGUGGGCUCCAGAGGUUUGUGUAAAACCUGGCCAUUCGUGUCGGGUCAGAUCCGUCGGUGUCGUCCGAACGCUUGCUCCGUCGGAAGGGAGGAGACUCGAGGGAGGAGACUCGAGGGAAAUCUGAUCUUUUGUUCAAGGGCGUUAACAUGAUCAGAAAUUUAAAUCGUGACCUAGAAUUUGUGCAGAAUCUUGUAUCUUCAAGAUGCAUGUCUCCUGUCUUUUGUUUGGAAAAUUUUUUACGUUUUUAUACAAGUUCCGGAUUUGGACACGUAAAGCAAUUUAAAAAGUGGGGAAUAAACUCCAAUCCACAGCGUGCAAUUGGUCAGGGUCGCUGUAGAUCCAGAGUCUAUCCCAGAAACAGUGUGUGAGGUGGGAAUACACUCUGAAUGGGAUACUAGUCCAUCGCACAUGUUCUCUCUCUCUCUCUCUCUCUCUCUCGCGUGCGCGCGCGCACACACACACACACACACACACACACACACACACACACACACACACACACUCCUAGCCAAUCCACCGGGAUGUUUCUAUGAGGUGAGAAAUAAAUAAUAUAAAUCUUUACCAUACAACACGUUGGCUUGGUGGUCAGCGCGUUCGCCUCACACCUCCGCGGUUGGGGGAUUUAAAUCCCUUCUCCGCCUUGUCUGUGCGGAGUUUGCAUGUUCUCCCCGUGCUUCUGGGGUUUCCUCCGGGUACUCCGGUUUCCUCCCCCGGUCCAAAGACAUGCGCUGUAGGCUGAUCGGCGUUUCAAAAUUGUCCAUAAUGUGAGUGCUUGUGCGAUUUGUGUCCUGCGACGGGUCGGCACCCCGUCCAAGGUGUCCCCCGCCUCGUGCCCCUAGGCUCCAGGCUCCCUCACGACCCUGCCUAGGAUAAGCGGUACGGAAAACGUAUAGAUGGAUGGAAGUACAUACAAUAAUAUAAUAUUACAACACCGCUGAUACCUGUGACUGCAGGGGUUGAAUGUAACGCCGGUAGGUUUGCAGUCUCUCGGUUAGCAGAUCACGUAUUCUUCAAAGGUUUUUGCCUCAGCACCCAACUUAAAUUUGAUCUUCCCUGGAAAUCCACAACGAAUCUUCCGGUGGAAAUGUACGUUACGUAUCUUGAGUAAUUGCUGAACUUGUAGGUUUUCUCAGAGGGUAAGAACACUGGAGACCCUGAGUAGCAUGUGCAAUAAUGUUUAGUAAAGAGUUUAAAAUCGCUGAGGAUUUUAGAUGAGCACAGCAUCCUUUCCUCAACAAGGCUAGAUGAAUAUAUAAAUCAGCAGAUUUUUUGAUGAUGAUGAUGAUGAUGAUGAUGAUAAAGAAAAGCAGGAAAAAGCUCUGCUAACUACACAUCACUACACAGAACAUUUUAUCCGAAGGUCUUCUGAACAGUAAAACAUUGCAUUUAUCUCCUUGACUGCUUUUUCUUGGGUUUGCUCACACACACACACACACACACACACACACACAGAGUGUUUAUUCCUUUAUCUCUUUUUCAUUUAUAACCAGCUUGAAGAUUGUUGUUGGGAUGACAUUAUGGAAAUAAAUACAAAAGGGUUCUAAGGGAGGUUUUUUUUAUUUUAUUUUAUUUUAUAAAAGUAUUUCCCACGUGAUUUGGACAAUGUUGAUGGUAUUCUGUAAAUAAUAGAGCUAGGUGGUCCCAUUUUUGUUGAUUUGGUUUGAGUUAUGAAGUCUUAUGACUGUACAUGCCUAUAUUUUGUAGAUAAAUGUCCUUGCUAAAUUGUAAAUAUAGGUCAUGAUUGUAUGGUAAUAAUAUAUAUUUUUUUUUUCUUUCCCCCUGAAAUAAUCGACAGUACAACUUCUUCUUGAAAAAAAAAAAUUCUUAGUCAAAACUGAUUCUAUUAUUUAGUCUUUUACUUGGAUUUGUUGUCCCGUCUCUCCCCCCCCCCCCCCCCCCCCAAGCCUGUGUAGAUGGAGUUGUGACACGGACUGCACUUUUGCUUUGUGUGUUUAUUUUAAAACUCUGAAGUGCAAUGAUGGACUGAUGCGUACAAUUGUGUUUUUUUUUUGUUUUUUUUGUUUUUUUUAUAACAGACAAUAAACACAAGCAAGAAUGAGACUGAAGUAAUUAAUAAAAAUGAAGGAAGGUACAGUCCAAGAUUUCUGACGAAGACGUACAGACCGUGGAACCCAAACUGGAAACCCCACUGAUUUAUUAAUUUUUUUUUUUUUUUUUUUUUUUUUUUUUGGUACUGUCUGUAGAAUAUUAUUCAGAAUUGCUUACAACGGGGACUAAACCAUCUUGUAAAACGCUCUGCCUGUGUAAUUUGGAGAUGUAACAAACUGAACAGAUGGUGGAUAUUUUUUUUUUUUUUUUAAAUGUCUGUACAGAUUAUGAUUUGUGAGUUUAAUAAGACUAUAUUCAGAUUUUCUUA